GAUAAUUUGGCACUGAAACCAUUUCUUCUUCUGCCUGCAACUUCUUAUAUAAAUGAACAUUGAGCUUUCUGUUUGUCAGUAAAUAGGUCUGGUAUUACCUCGUCUAGUUGGCGAGUAAUGGAGGCCGUUCGAUUAGGGAUUAAACUGCUAAUACUGGCGAUCUUUCUUGGAUACAUGAUGAUCUGGAUCAUGAUGCCGACCAACGCGUUUUUCAAGCACUGGUUUCCUGAAAUCCAUGCGAGAACAGAUGCUACUUAUUUUGGAAAAGAAGGUACAUUUAUGUUGAUUUACACACUUCCCAUCCUCUUCGUUGCUUCUUUGGGCUGUUUAUAUCUCCAUCUUGGAAACAACAAUGGCCAAAGCUGUGAGGUGAAGAAUUCUAAAUUUGCAUCAUGGAAAAGACCAGUGCUAGUAAAAGGCCCUCUUGGGAUUGUUUCUUGGACAGAGCUUUCAUUUUUAAUCAUGUUCGUUGCAUUACUGAUUUGGUCUUUUGUUUCUUAUUUACACGCCAUGUUUGCAAAUAUAAGCAAACAGGCAGCCGCACAAGGACUCAAAGUGUGGGAAGACAAGCUGGAGAUGUCAGGUCUAUUGAUUGGCCUUGUUGGGAACAUCUGCCUGGCCUUUCUAUUCUUUCCAGUGAGUAGAGGGUCUUCGAUUUUGCAGCUUUUGGGGCUCACCUCAGAACGAAGCAUCAAGUAUCAUAUUUGGCUUGGAAAUGCUGCCAUGACUCUGUUUACAGUUCAUGGUCUUUGUUAUAUUAUUUUCUGGGCCAAGACAGAUCAAAUUUCACAGAUGCUGAAAUGGGGCAAGAUCUCAGUGUCAAAUUUGGCUGGAGAAAUAGCUUUGUUAUCAGGAAUAGGCAUGUGGAUGACGAGCUUUCCAAGGAUAAGGCGGAAGAUUUUCGAGCUCUUCUUGUAUACUCAUUAUCUUUACAUUAUAUUUAUGGUGUUUUAUGUGUUCCAUGUGGGAUUCUCUUAUUCCUGCAUCAUAAUUCCUGGCUUCUAUCUCUUCCUCAUUGAUCGUUUCUUGAGAUUCCUCCAAUCCCAACAAAAAGUUCGUCUUGUGUCGGCUCGGAUUUUGCCUUGUGAAGCUCUCGAAUUGAAUUUCUCCAAGAGUCCAGGAUUAAGGUAUAAUUCAACAAGCAUGGUGUUCGUAAAAGUACCGUCGAUUUCCAGGCUGCAAUGGCAUCCUUUCACAGUAACUUCUAAUAGCAAUAUGGAUCCUGAGAAGCUGAGUGUUGUCAUCAAAAGUGAAGGAAGCUGGUCGCGGAAAUUGUACCAGAAGCUUUCCUCCCCUUCACCGAUCGACCGCCUUCAGGUCUCCAUUGAAGGACCUUAUGGACCUGCUUCAACCCAUUUUACAAGGCAUGAGAAGCUAGUGAUGGUGAGUGGAGGUAGUGGCCUUACCCCUUUCAUCUCCAUCAUCCGGGAGCUUGUGUGUGUGGCAAACACUGCAACUGGAAGAACACGGCAGGUUCUUCUUGUUUGUGCCUUCAAGAAAUCCGAGGACCUCACAAUGCUUGAUCUCAUUCUUCCGAAUUCCGGCAUCACUCUCGACAUUUCUCGAUUGCAAUUGCAGAUCGAAGCCUAUGUGACAAGGGAGAAAGAACCAACAGCCAACAACCAGAAAGUCCUCCGCACCAUUUGGUUGAAGCCAGAUGCAGCAGAUGCACCAAUUUCAUCAGUUUUAGGCCCCCGGAGCUGGCUCUGGCUUGGCGCUAUAAUUUCGUCUUCCUUCGUCGUCUUUCUUUUGCUCAUCGGCAUUCUGACGCGAUACUAUAUUUAUCCGAUUGACCAUAAUUCUGAUAUGAUAUAUGCGACCACCUGGAGAUCUGCAUUUAAUUUGUUGUUUGUUUUUGUCUCCAUAGCCAUGACUGCGACAGCUGCUUUCUUUUGGAACGAAAAACAGCAGAGAAAAGAGAAGAAACAAGUUCAAAACAUGGAGACGGCAACACCAAGAGCAUCUCCAGGGUCAUGGCUUUACAACGCAGAUAGAGAAUUGGAAAGACUUCCCCACCAGUCUUUUGUGGAGGCAACCAAAGUGCAUUAUGGCGAAAGACCCAACCUGAAAAAAACACUGAUGGAUAUGGAAGGAUUUAGCCUUGGAGUUCUUGUAAGCGGCCCCAGAAGGAUGAGGCAAGAAGUGGCAGAAAUUUGUGCAUCUGGUUUGGCAGACAACCUACAUUUCGAAUCCUUGAGCUUUACCUGGUGAUUCAUGAAAGGCUUCUGUUUUAACAAUUUAGUAAUUCUAAACUGAAUUUUCAGAAAGCAUGUUGAUAAUUUCAUUUUGAAUUCAACAAAUUUUCAAAA